CGUGCCUUGGAAGAGUUGGUGUUCGCAUUAGUGCCAUGAUCGAUAGAUCCCCCGAACUGCACGUCUUUGGAGUUAUCUUAAGCUUUUGACAACUCACACUUUUUUCUUCUUCUCUGUGUUAAAUUUUGUUCUGGAAAAUGCUCUUGAAGAUAAAGAAAUAACUGGUAACUUUUAACUGCAGGCUUUGGGGGGUUUAUUAGGUCUAUGUACUUGCCUUAGGAGUUGAAAGUGCAAGAGUUAGGACUAAGUCUUCACCAACCUGCAGAUUUGAUCGUGUCAUCCUGCUUUUGCUCCUGUAAGUCUAAUUUUUCCUUCACCCGCUCGGUUCUUGUCAGGAUCUUCACCCGUAUUCCUGAUAAUUAGGUUCAGCCAAACUUCUUUUUUUCUUUUUGUGGAUUGUCUUCCAGCUUCAGUCUAACUUUCUUCUGGAUGUCUCCCUUUUUGAUAGGCUCAGUGGCAUUUCCUUAAGCUUGAUUACUCUGCUAUUACUCUCCAUAUCCCUGGUUUUAUCAUUUAAGUGUCCUUGACAAAUAGACCAUUAGUAUAUGAUUUGGAGAUUGCUGAAAUAUAAUGUUUGAUUUCAUUUUAGGCUAGUAGUUGCUUGCAUCUAUCUGCUUUAUUUUUGUGAAGUUACAUACUAGGACUACAAUAGACUUGCUAUUUCGGGACUUCUCUGAACAUAUUAUCUUGAUCACACAUCGGUAACCAUAUCUUGUCUUUGAUUUUUUGAAUUUCAGGACAUGGAGACUGCUGUAUUGCACACAGAGUAUUUUCCGGCAUCUUGCGGUCCGAUGUCAUGUGCAUGGCCUGUGGUUUUACGUCCACAACAUAUGACCCAUGUGUGGACAUCUCACUCGACUUGGAGCCUCACCAAGUGACAGCUCAUGGAAAGACAUCUGCUAAAUCUCAUCCAUCUUCCAAUAGUGAAGCAAACGGCUUCAGUUCGACCCAAAUCCCCACGACAUCUACCCUGAUUGGAUGUUUGGACCGCUUCACCCGACCCGAGCGAUUGGGGUCCGACCAGAAAUUCUUCUGUCAACAGUGCCAAGUGAGUCAGGAAUCCCUGAAGCAGAUGUCGAUUAGAAAGCUCCCAUUGGUCUCCUGCUUCCACAUCAAGAGAUUCGAGCACUCUCACACCCGAAAAAUGUCGAGGAAAGUCGAUCGGUACCUGCAGUUCCCUUUCUCGCUGGACAUGGCACCAUAUCUAUCUUCUUCCAUUUUGAGGAGUCGAUUCGGGAACCGGGUCUUCUCAUUCGAAGGAGAUGAUGGAGAUGACGUGGCAGCAAACGAGAUGUCCUCGGAAUUUGAGCUGUUUGCCGUGGUGACCCACUCGGGAAAGCUGGAUGCUGGUCAUUAUGUCACGUAUUUGCGGCUGAGCAAUCAGUGGUAUAAAUGUGACGACGCAUGGAUUACCAGAGUGAACGAGAAUGUGGUGAGGGCUGCGCAGGGGUACAUGAUGUUUUAUGUGCAGAAGAUGCUUUAUUACAGAGCGAGUGCCCAGGUAUGCCCAUCGUGAUACUCGAUAUACUACCAGGCAAGCAUGGAACCAGUUUUUGAUGCCGGGGAAGUAAGGCAGCUGGCAAUGCCGAUGCACGACAUGGUCGCAAUGACAGGCAUUCGACGCCAGUCGUCAGUUUGCUGAAGCGUGCAGAGUCUGGUCGUGGCUCGUUCUGCAUACAGAAAAGAAUAAACAAGCAAAUGGAAUCUCUUCUUGAACACCUUCUACCGGGUGGUUCUGCUGGUGAUUUUGACUAUUGGUUUUAGGGUUACAAUGGCAGUUGCAGCAAUGGAUUCGUGGAAUAUUGGCUUCCUUUUUUGCGUCGAACUAUUUCGUUCUUCGAUUUUCUUUGCCUAUUCUAUUCUGUUGGUUGAAGAAGCAUUGUUUUGGUGGUGGUGGUGGUGGGAUCAUAGUGAUGACGUAUUACUGGUUUUUGGGUUGGCUUUUGUAUCACCAUCAGAAUCCCCAUUGGGAGUGUAGUAGUAAACUGGAUAUAGAACGUUGAUAUGGCGACAGUUGAAAAAUGCUCCAAAAUUGAUACCUAUAGCUGCUAUAAUCAUCAGAUUCUUCUUGUUAUGUCGUAGAAGUGGAAAGAGAUGGCUUUCUGUAUAUAAGUUCCAAAUGCAGGUGUGUCGAUUUGUAGUUGCAGUAUAUGAUCAAUGAUUGUACAUGUCGAACUAUCGAACUCAUUCUUGCACCAUUAGCUUUUCCGCCCUAUAACUUAACAUUCGAUUCAGCGAAAUUAUCCUUCGUGCGUGAUAGGUUAAUAACUCGGUGAAGGAAACUAUUACAAGGAACUUUUCGUCCUGAUCAAUCGUUGGUCGGCACCAAUUACUUGUCACAUUAUUUGCUUCGUUUACAUAAUAAGCGUCUAUUACCUUU